GUGACUGAGCUGGAGGUUGGUUGUUGUGUGAGCCGAGUGUGUGAGCCGAGUGUGUGAGCUGUGGCAGUAACAAUGCCUUCAGUUCAGUCUCUGAGAGAGUUUAUCAACGAGCGACUAACUGCUGCUGCUGAACAAAUAUUCUUGGAGUUUGAAAAAACGAUCGUCCAGUACGAGGAAGAGAUCGACCGUCAGCGCAGACUGCUGGAUAUCACCUGGAAACCCCAAAUCAAGCUGCACAGGACAGAACUCCCACAGCAUUAUGUCUGUAAGAAGACGAGCUCCAGUCUGGACCAGGAGGAACCAGAACCUCCACAGAUUAAAGAGGAACAGGAGGAACUGUGCAGCAGUCAGGAGGGAGAGCAGCUGGGACUGAAGGAGGAGACUGAUACCUUUAUGGUGACUGCUGCUGAGGAAGGAGACCACAGUGAACCAGACAUGGAGCAGCUCUUCUCUCGGGGGCCUGAUGCCUUUAUGGUGACUGCUGCUGAGGAAGGAGACCACAGUGAACCAGAAGCACACAGGGAGCAGCUCCUCUCUCAGGAUCCUGAUACAUUAAUAUUUAUUCAGUCCAAAUCUAAAGAAAUAUUAGCAGAUAUUAAUGAAUCUGUCCAGUACGAGGAAGAAAUCGACCGUCAGCGCAGACUGCUGGAUAUCACCUGGAAACCCGAAAUAAAGCUGCACAGGACAGACGUCCCACAGCAGCCUUUCUUUAAAGAGGAGGUUCAUACUGAGCAGCAGCUCUGGAACCAGGAGAGGAGCUCCAGUCUGGACCAGGAGGAACCAGAACCUCCACAGAUUAAAGAGGAACAGGAGGAACUGUGCAGCAGUCAGGAGGGAGAGCAGCUGGGACUGAAGGAGGAGCCUGAUACCUUUAUGGUGACUGCUGCUUAUGAGGAAAGGGAGCAGAAUGAACCAGAAUCAAACAGCAAUCAUCUCCUCUCUCAUAGCUCUGCUGUUGCUGAGAGCCAAAAUCAGGAAGGAAGCAUGGAUGUAGAUUCAGGGUCAAAUAGAAAUAGAAACAAAAGUCACAGCAAUGCAGUAGAUUCCCCUACGUCAAAGAUUCAGUGUAACUCUGACAAAUGUAAAAAGUCUUUAGAAUGUGAUAUAUGUGGAAAAGUUUUUAAGCAGAAUUAUGAAAUGAAAAGACAUUACACAGUUCACACAGGUGAGAAACCGUAUUUUUGCAAAACUUGUGGGAAAGGUUUUACUCAGAGGGGUGCUUUGACUUACCACAUGAGAAUUCACACAGGUGAGAAACCAUAUUCUUGUAAAACUUGUGGGAAAAUGUUUGCAUACAGUAGCGAUUCACUGAAGCACAGGCGAAUUCACACAGGUGAGAAACCAUAUCCUUGUAAAACCUGUUUGAAAAUGUUUGCCUGUAGCAGUUCUUUAUCUAUCCACAUGAGAACUCACACAGGCGAGAAACCUUAUCAUUGUAAAACAUGUGGUAAAAUGUUUGCAUCUAGAAAUUAUUUGUUAAAGCACACGAGAACUCAUACAGGUGAGAAACCUUAUCUGUGUAACAGCUGUGGGAAAAUGUUUGCAUGUAAUAGUUCAUUAUUGAAGCAUAUGAGAACUCACACAGGUGAGAAGCCUUAUACUUGUAAAACAUGCGGGAAAAUGUUCAGAUGUAGUAGUCAUUUAUUAGUGCAUAUAAGAACUCACACAGGUGAGAGGCCAUAUCAUUGUAAAACUUGUGGGAAAAUGUUCAUGUCUAGUAGUCAUUUGUUGCGCCACAUGAAAACUCACACAGGCCAGAAGUUGUAGUCUUUGUACAGAAAAAUUAUUAUCAUGGAAGCCAAGCUUGAAAAAAAACGCACUUAGAACACUUGAAAAUGUGUUAGUUUGUUACAUGUGAGAUAGGUCUAACCUUUUCCUGAACUUUCAGACAUAACAGUGUUGAAGUUCAGAUUUUUGAGUUUUGGAUUUUUUUUUUCUCUUGCUGCAUAUUUGAUAGCUGACAAUUUCUGUU